CAGUUUGACCUCCCUCAGCACAGGUGGCGGUGGUUUGACGCAAAGUACAAGUGUGACCGGCAGGUGUGAUCCUUAAGACAGGUGUGGCCUACGGUACGCGGCAAGUGCGUGGCGUCGCAAGAUGUCACAGGUCAAGAAGAUGCCUGAUGCCAUAACUAAAGGCGAGGAGGCGGGAUGCAGCGAAGGUCCAGGAGCGCCACUGCCACCCCCCUCUUCCACCUCGCCAACUGAGAGUGGUGGAAGGCGGGGAGGGGAACGCGACACAGCCCAGCAAGACCCUCCGUGUGCUGGCAAAGGUUAACCUGGUGCUGGCAGGAGUAAUAUUCUUCUGUCAGGUGGUGGUGGCGGCGUGCCUGUGUCGCCCCGUGGUGGUGAUGGGUGGGGUGUGGGUGGGCGUACUGGUGCUGGUGCAGGCUGUGUUGGGUCUCCGCGCCCGCUCCUCACACGCCUUGCUGGUGGGGCACGCCUGGGUGUCCGGCGUGGUGUGCCUCGUGUGUGUGGCGGCGGCAGCCUAUCUCUUCUCCGGCCACCUCAUCCUCGCCUGUGUCUCGGCCUUCCACCGCCCAGACCACGCCUCAGUGGUGAGGCUGUAUGUGGUGGAGGUCGUGGGACUGGUGGCGUGCCUCCCGAGUCUGGCUGCAGCUGUUGUCUGUCUCCUCGCCGCCGCCCUCUCCGCACGCGCCGCUUGCCCCCCUAAGUCGAAGAAGAGAGAGGCGCCCUUCGUGCUGUACCUGCCGCGGUGGGGAGAGGGCGCCUGGCAUGCAAACAACCAGCCGGGCUCCACGUGUCCCCCUCCAGCUUUACCUAACCACCAACCGUCCACUUCAGCAACGUCACCAGCCAGUCAGGGAGCUGAACGAGCCAGUUCCCCCCCGCCCUCUUACAACCAAGUGGCCGAGGAGUCAUACGCCUGAGUGAAUGUCCUGCACGCACAACCUAUGUCCUAAUUUUCGUAUUUUUUAUGUAAGAGGAGCGUUGUCUAUGGGUCACGAAAAGGCAGAAAAAAAAGGCCCAUUGAAGAUGCUUGUCUCCAGAGAGUAGAGACGAAAAGAUUAUUCAAAAUUAGAGAAGUGUCCUAAAGUUAAGUCCAUGAAAACAGAGCAAGCUUUAAUGCGACAGAAAUAUUUUGAAUAGCGGCGGCAUUGUUUUCGGAUUAAGGUGUUACGAGUUAAGGGUACUUUUACUACCAUGUGGGUUGGAUGUCUUUAAGUAUUUGUAGUUGUAUGUAUGCGCCAGAACACUCACCAACUCACACCCCCGCAUCAUUUAAUUACACGACAAUUGCCACUGACGCUGAGAAUCUUGUAGUACACCAACUAAACCUAACCAAAAACACACACACACACACACACACACACACACACACACACACACACACACAGGUCCUUGAUUUAACCACUAAUUUGGCUAAAAGUAAGUAGACAAGAUGACAGAAAGGCUGGUUCAUAUCCUGCGCACUACGAUAGAUGACACACCACGACCACUAACGCAAGCACAGCCGAUGUCUGAAUCAACAUUGCACAGCUCAGGGUCAUUUUCUUAAACGCUUUGUUCGUUCAUCAAGACUAUUUUUUCAGAGGUCACAGACAUGAUAAUCUGUGUUCACAAGAGUGAUUUUUUAAUUGGUGUAAAAAUUUCGUUAAACUACCACAAAAAUCACGAAAGCAUCCUAGAAAACUCAAUAUUUCCCACUAGUCUGUUAAAAGUAUAAGAAAUAGACGGCGAAAACGUUUGAGAAUAUUGUCCUCUACCCAACGCCAGGACUUCAUCAACGCAAGAGCAACUCACGCUGUUUAGAAUCACCCACGUCCUCCCUUUGGCUACCUAUAGGGCUGAAUAUAGCAGCAGGGGUCUCCUUUGUGAAGGCGACCUCAUAAAUUCACCAAAGCAUCAAAGGGGCGUAAUUGUAAACGGUGGUGCAGACACUACUAACAAGGCACAGUGUCCUCUCGGUCUCAUUCGGACACCGUGAAGAGUUGACUCACCUGAACUCCGGCCCCCUGGUGGAUGCUGAAAUAAAUAAAUGUAAGCAGU